UACGAAAUUCAAAAAUUCAAAAAAAAAUCCUUUCCAUUCCACCCAUCGUAUAUAAGCCAAAACGACAAAGACUUCCCACGCAGACUUCUUUUUCUGGCGCCCUUUGUUUUCUUCUCUCUCUCUCCUCUCUGUCAUCGGUUCGGUUGCCGACCUCUUCUUUCCGUUUCUCUCUCUAACUUCUCCCAAUCGAUGUGACACCCACUAACUCUUAUCUUUCCUUUCCCAGAAACCCUAACCCUUUUCCUCUGCGACGCCUCUUAUUGGAACCUUUUUUUUUCCCCUUUCUCAUUUCUCCCCCACAUGAUCGUCGUCUUCUUCGCUUUUGACGCCAUUAAAGCGGGCUAAGAUUGCCGAGGUUCUUUUGAGGUGAUUUUGGUUUUCAAACGUCUUCAUUUCUGUACUUUAUCAUCAUUCGUGCGCAAAAUUGGAAUUGGGUCGAUGAAUUUGAAAAACUGCAACGUAAAGAUGGAAGCCAAUGGAAACGAUGACCUUAAAGCACCUCUAUUGCAGUGUGCUGAUAGUGUUGCAAUCACAAUCCAUGAACAAGAUCACAAGACAAAUGAGAAAGUUAGUACGAUUAUGUUCAGAGUAAGAGGUAUCGAAUGCGCAUCUUGCGCAACAUCCAUAGAAUCUUCACUUGGAAAGCUUAAUGGAGUCCGUAGUGUUGUGGUGUCGCCGCUUCAAGGCCAAGCAGUUAUCAAAUACGUGCCAGAGCUGAUUAAUGUGAAAGAAAUCAAGGAAACCUUGGAGAACACAGGUUUUGAAGUUGACGACUUUCCAGAACUAGACAUAGAAGUAUGCCGGCUGAGGAUUAAAGGAAUGGCAUGCACAAACUGCUCUGAGUCUGUUGAACGUGCCCUUCAAAUGGUCAAUGGAGUUAAGAAAGCAGUAGUCGGUUUAGCACUUGAAGAAGCAAAGAUCCAUUUUGAUCCAAGCGUUAUUAAUACUGACCGCAUAAUAGAAGCAAUAGAAGAUGCUGGCUUUGGAGCUGAUCUCAUCAGCUCUGGGAAUGAUGCUAACAAAGUGCAUCUAAAACUUGAAGGGGUUAAUACUCAGGAAGACAUUACCAUAAUAAAAUCCUCUCUUGAGUCGGCACUCGGUGUAACUGAUGUUUCUUUUGACACGAAAGAUCAUAAGGUAACUAUUAGCUAUGACCCAAAAGUCACUGGCCCACGAUCCCUUAUAAAGUGCAUUGAAGAAGCAGGACAUGACCCCAACACAUUCGGUGCAAGCUUAUAUGUUCCUCCACGACGAAGAGAACAAGAGCAGUUGCACGAAAUUAUGGUAUUUAGAAAUCAAUUUUUGGUGAGCUGCCUAUUUACGAUUCCAGUAUUUAUGUUCUCCAUGGUACUACCUAUGCUUCCUCCAUAUGGUGACUGGCUAGAAUAUAAGAUUCACAACAUGCUUACAGUUGGGAUGCUUUUAAGUUGGAUCCUCUGCACACCUGUGCAGUUCAUUGUUGGACAAAGGUUCUACGUGGGAUCAUAUCAUGCAUUAAGGAGAAAAUCUGCGAAUAUGGAUGUUCUGGUUGCACUAGGCACAAAUGCUGCUUAUUUUUACUCUGUUUAUGUAGCGAUUAAAGCAUUGACAUCGGAAACAUUUGAAGGGCAAGAAUUCUUUGAGACCAGUGCCAUGUUGAUUUCUUUCAUUCUCUUGGGAAAGUACUUGGAAAUUGUUGCUAAAGGGAAAACGUCAGAUGCCUUAGCAAAGCUCACUGACCUUGCACCUGAUUCAGCUUAUCUGUUAACAUUAGAUGCAGAUGGAAAUGUGAUUGCAGAGAUGGAAAUUAACACUCAAUUGAUAGAGAGGAAUGACAUUAUCAAGAUUGUUCCUGGUGCAAAAGUUCCCAUUGAUGGAGUCGUCAUAGAUGGCCAAAGUCAUGUAAAUGAGAGUAUGAUCACUGGAGAGGCAAGGCCCAUUGCAAAGAAACCUGGGGACAAGGUUAUUGGAGGGACCAUGAAUGAGAAUGGAUGCUUACUGGUUAAGGCGACCCAUGUUGGAACAGAGACUGCACUCUCUCAGAUUGUUCAGCUAGUUGAAGCUGCUCAACUUGCCCGAGCACCUGUCCAGAAACUAGCUGACCAGAUAUCAAGAGUUUUUGUUCCGACAGUUGUUACUGUAGCAUUUAUAACCUGGUUGGGAUGGUAUAUUUCUGGAAAGGCAGGUAUUUACCCCAAGCAUUUGAUACCAAAGGACAUGGAUGGAUUUGAGCUUGCACUGCAAUUUGGUAUUUCAGUAUUGGUUGUUGCUUGCCCAUGUGCUUUGGGUCUAGCAACACCGACAGCAGUCAUGGUUGCCUCUGGAAAAGGUGCUUCUCAAGGUGUCCUUAUCAAGGGUGGAAAUGCACUUGAAAAGGCUCACAAGGUCAAAACCAUUGUAUUUGACAAGACCGGAACGCUAACUGUUGGGAAGCCAUUGGUAGUAAGUGCUGUACUAUUUUCUAAUUUUUCGAUGGAGGAGGUAUGCGAUAUGGCUACAGCUACAGAGGCCAACAGUGAGCACCCAAUUGCAAAAGCUGUUGUGGAGCAUGCCAAGAGGCUGCGCCAGAAGUUUGGGUCCAACACUGAGCAUGUUGCUGAUGUUAAAGAGUUUGAGGUGCACCUUGGAACGGGAGUGAGUGGAAAAGUAGGUCAUAGAACAGUUUUGGUUGGGAACAAAAGACUCAUGCGUGCUUUUAAUGUCCCGGUUGGUCCAAAUGUUGAGGCGUAUAUUUCGGAACAUGAGCAACUGGCUCGGACAUGUGUUUUGGUCGCCAUUGAUGGGGACGUUGCUGGAGCUUUCUCUGUAACCGAUCCCGUGAAACCUGAGGCAAGGCUUGUCAUAUCAUUUCUCCGGUCAAUGGGCAUAUCCAGCGUCAUGAUGACUGGUGAUAACCUAUCUACAGCAAUUGCUGUUGCAAAGGAGGUCGGAAUUGAAACCUUCUUUGCUGAGACGGAUCCAGUGGGAAAAGCUGAUAAGAUCAAAGAAUUACAGAUGAAAGGAAUGAAUGUGGCAAUGGUAGGGGACGGAAUAAAUGACUCGCCGGCUUUAGUUGCAGCUGAUGUUGGCAUGGCAAUAGGUGCGGGCACUGACGUAGCUAUUGAAGCAGCUGAUAUAGUUCUCAUCAAGAGCAACUUGGAAGACGUUGUCACAGCCAUAGACCUCUCCAGAAAGACCAUGUCCAGGAUUCGGCUUAACUAUGUGUGGGCCCUGGGCUACAACAUCCUUGGCAUGCCAAUAGCAGCCGGAAUCUUAUAUCCCCUAACCGGAAUCCGACUCCCGCCUUGGCUUGCUGGCGCUUGCAUGGCUGCUUCAUCCCUCAGCGUGGUUUGUUCAUCCCUUUUAUUGCAGUCCUAUAAGAAGCCUUUGCAAGUUGAACACACUUGAGGGCCGAUUGACUUUCCAUUAACUCGUGGCAAAUUUAUACAGCUUGGCUACUUUUUGUGGCUUCCAUUGACAUGCAUCCGACCAUCAAAAAGUCAAUUGUUUCUGAUUCUUCCCAGCCUAGAAUCAUUGCAAGCAAUGACGGGCCUUAUUUCUUGGAAUUUCCCUUUCUAAAGUCAAUUAUGUAGUGAGCAAUGAUCAACUCUGAUUCAUCUUCUUUUUGGUUUGUUAGAAUUCUAAAUUCUACCAUUCAAGAAAAAAAAAACGAGAAGAAAAGAGGUAUCUGAAUUCCACUAGUUUAGAACAGUAAAAUAAAGAACAGUAUAUUGUUUCUCAUGCAAUAAACGCCAGUGUCGUUUAACUAUAAUGAAGUACGA